UUAAAAGAGCUGGCGGGGAGAGGGCUGGGGAGAACCCGGGGGAGACCCACUGUUACACAGAAAGGAAAGAGACUGUCGAGGAGAGACAGAGACAAAGAGACAGCCAAAGGAGGCAGAGGCAGAGCAGCACUGAGGCAAAGUCACACAGCUGGGCAGAGGGAGAAGCCAGAGAAGCCGAAGAAGACACAGACAGGGAGACCCAGGAGAGAAGGGCAGAGGAGGAAGCUUUGCAGGAGAGAGGUCCCUGGCACUUUUCUUCAUCUUCUCUGAACAUCCUUAGCCCCUCUCAAAGCUUUGCCUCAGAUUUUGGCACAAGUCUUGAGAGCCCUCUGGCUUUAACGAGGAGCUUUCCACAGUUAGGGUGUGGAGGAUUUGGUGCCUCAGAUGGCCUCAAUCCAUCCCAGCUGCAGCACGGGUACCAUGUCCCAGAUGGGCUUGCAUCCCGGGAGGGGCUUGACUGGGCACUGGCUGCAAAGAGUCCAGCUCCGCUUGCAGCCUCCCACUGUGCCUUUCUCUGGGCUGGAGUGGUGGCUGCUCCUGCUGCUGGCCUCCCUCCUGCCCUUGGCCUGGUCAGCCAGCCCCCUCCCCCGGGAGGAGGAAAUCGUGUUUCCGGAGAAGCUCAAUGGGAGCAUCUUGCCUGGCUCAGGUACCCCUGCCAGGCUGCUGUACCGACUGCCAGCCUUUGGGGAGGUGUUACUGCUAGAACUAGAGCAGGACCCUGGGGUGCAGGUGGAGGGUCUGACCGUGCAGUACUUGGGCAAGGCACCUGAGAUGCUGGGCGGGGCGGAGCCAGGUACCUACCUGACUGGCACCAUCAAUGGAGAUCCGGAGUCGGUGGCAUCUCUGCACUGGGACGGGGGAGCCCUACUGGGGGUGUUGCAGUACCGGGGCGCUGAACUCCACCUCCAGCCUCUGGAGGGAGGCAACCUUAACUCUGCUGGAGGACCAGGGGCUCACAUCUUACGCCGGAAGAGUCCUGCCAGCAGCCAAGGUCCCAUGUGCAACGUCAAGGCUCCUUCUGGGAGCCCCAACCCCAUUCCCCGAAGAACCAAGCGCUUUGCUUCUCUGAGUAGAUUCGUGGAGACGCUGGUGGUGGCGGAUGACAGGAUGGCAGCAUUUCACGGGACAGGGUUAAAGCGCUACCUGUUGACAGUUAUGGCAGCGGCAGCCAAGGCCUUUAAGCACCCAAGCAUCCGAAACCCUGUCAGCUUGGUGGUGACUCGGCUAGUGAUCCUGGGGUCAGGCCAGGAAGGGCCCCAAGUGGGGCCAAGUGCAGCCCAGACCCUACGCAGCUUCUGCACCUGGCAGCGGGGCCUCAACACCCCUGAGGACUCAGAUCCUAACCACUUUGACACAGCCAUUCUGUUCACCCGUCAGGACCUGUGUGGGGUCUCUACUUGUGACACUCUGGGAAUGGCUGAUGUGGGCACCGUGUGCGAUCCAGCUCGGAGCUGCGCUGUUGUGGAGGAUGACGGGCUACAGUCCGCCUUCACUGCUGCUCACGAGCUGGGCCAUGUCUUCAACAUGCUCCAUGAUAACUCCAAGCUAUGUGUCAAUCUGAAUGGCACGGGGGGCUCCUCUCGCCAUGUCAUGGCUCCUGUCAUGGCUCAUGUGGACCCUGAGGAGCCCUGGUCCCCAUGCAGUGCCCGCUUCAUCACUGACUUCCUGGACAAUGGCUAUGGGCACUGUCUCUUAGACAAACCAGAGGCUCCCCUGAAUCUGCCAGUGACUUUUCCUGGCAAGGACUAUGAUGCUGACCGCCAGUGCCAACUGACCUUUGGGCCUGACUCACACCAUUGUCCACAGCUGCCACCACCCUGUGCUGCCCUCUGGUGCUCCGGCCACCUCAACGGUCAUGCUAUGUGUCAGACUAAGCAUUCGCCCUGGGCUGAUGGUACUCCCUGCGGACCCACGCAGGCCUGUAUGGGCGGCCGCUGUCUUCACGUGGAUCAGCUCAAGGAGUUCAAUAUUCCACAGGCUGGAGGCUGGGGCUCCUGGGGACCGUGGGGUGACUGCUCUCGGACUUGUGGGGGCGGUGUCCAGUUCUCUUCCCGGGACUGCACACGGCCUGUCCCCAGGAAUGGUGGCAAGUACUGCGAGGGUCGCCGUACCCGCUUCCGCUCCUGCAACACUGAGAACUGCCCAAGCGGCUCAGCACUGACAUUCCGCGAGGAGCAGUGUGCUGCCUACAACCACAGGACUGACCUCUUCAAGAGCUUCCCGGGGCCCAUGGACUGGGUCCCACGCUACACAGGUGUAGCCCCUCGAGACCAGUGCAAACUCACCUGCCAGGCCCGGGCACUAGGCUACUACUACGUACUGGAGCCACGGGUGGCAGAUGGAACUCCCUGUUCCCCAGACAGCUCCUCAGUCUGUGUCCAGGGGCGCUGUAUCCACGCUGGCUGUGACCGGAUCAUUGGCUCCAAAAAGAAGUUCGACAAAUGCAUGGUGUGCGGUGGGAAUGGUUCUAGCUGCAGCAAGCAGUCAGGCUCCUUCAAAAAGUUCAGAUACGGAUACAGCGAUGUGGUCACCAUCCCUGCCGGGGCCACCCACAUCCUUGUUCGGCAGCAGGGGGGUUCAGGCCCCAGGAGCAUCUACCUGGCCCUAAAGCUUCCAGAUGGUUCCUAUGCCCUCAAUGGUGAAUACACACUGAUGCCCUCCCCCACAGAUGUGGUGCUUUCUGGGGCAGUCAGCUUGCGCUAUAGCGGAGCCACGGCAGCCUCAGAGACACUGUCGGGACAUGGCCCGCUGACCCAGCCCUUGACGCUGCAAGUCCUAGUGGCCGGCAACCCACAGAAUGCACGUCUGCGGUACAGCUUCUUCGUUCCACGGCCAGUGCCUUCAACACCACGCCCUCCUCCCCUAGACUGGCUGCACCGCCGGGCACAGAUUCUGGAGAUCAUCCGGAAGCGUCCUUGGGCAGGCAGGAAAUAACCUCACUGUCCCGGCUGCCCUGCUGGGGGUGCCGGGGCCUCGGACUCAUCUGAGAGAAUGAGGGGGCUUCUGCAGCUGCCUCAUGCUAAAACACAGUAGGGAAGUGCUGCGGAGGGUGAGACCUGCCCUGUCUCUCUGCCCUAAGCUGCAGGCUGGCCCUGCCCUGGUUUCCUGCCCUGGGAGGCAGUGAUGUGUAGGUGAAUGGAAAGGGGCUAGGAGACAGUUCCCUAUCUAAACUGCCCCCUCUGCCCUGCAGGUCACAGGAGGGAGAGGGGAAGACAGGAUGGGUCCUGGGUCCCAGUUGUAUUUAUUUAGUAUUUAUUCACUUUUAUUUAGCACCAGGGAAGGGGACUAGGGUCUUGGGGAAACUCACCCCUUAUAGCCCCACCCUAGCUAUGAAAUCCAGGGUGGUGGUGACAAACACGUGUGUGUGUGUGUGUGUGUGUGUGUGUGUGUGUGUGUGUGUGUGUGUUUAUGUAUGAGGUACAACCUGCCCUGCUUUCCUCUCCCUGAUUUUUUUUUUCUGGGGAAGGGAGAGCCAAAGGUAGGAUUGGCCUUCAGGGAGUGAGGGAUUAUCAUAUUUUUAAAUAUACAUAUUGAGGUCUGCUAUUUAUAUGCUCCUUUGGGGGCAGACAAAUGUGGGUUGCACCUUGGCCCCACACCUUUGAGCAUUUGUUUUCUUGUUUGCCAAUAAUAAUACCUCCCUUAGAAAUUUGUUGUAAGGGUUAAACAAUGUAAAUAAAGAGCUAGCGUAAUGCCUCACACUCAAUAGGUGCUCAACAAUG